CAGAGGCGCUCCUCACUUCUUCCCAGAUGGGGCGGCCGGGCAGAGGAGCUCCUCACUUCCCAGACGAUGGGUGGCCGGGCAGAGGCGCUCCUCACUUCCCAGAUGGGGUGGCCGGGCAGAGGCGCUCCUCACUUCCCAGAUGGGGCGGCCGGGCAGAGGCGCUCCUCACUUCCCAGACGGGGCAACCGGGAAGAGGCGCUCCUCACUUCCCAGAUGAUGGGCGGCCGGGGAGAGGCCCUCCUCACUUCCCAGACGGGGCAGCCGGGCAGAGGCGCUCCUCACUUCCCAGACGGGGCGGCCGGGCAGAGGCACUGCUGACUUCCCAGACGAUGGGUGGCCGGGCAGUUUCGCUCCUCACUUCCCAGACGGGGCGGCCGGGCAGAGGCACCCCUCACUUCCCAGAUGGUGCGGGCGGGCAGAGGCGCUCCUCACUUCCCAGAUGGGGUGUCCGGGCAGAGGCGCUCCUCACUUCCCAGAUGGGGCGGCCGGGCAGAGGCGCUCCUCACUUCCCAGACGGGGCAACCGGGGGCAGAGGCGCUCCUCACUUCCCAGACGAUGGGCGGCCGGGCAGAGGCGCUCCUCACUUCCCCGAUGAUGGGUGGCCGGGAAGAGGCACUCCUCACUUCCCAGAUGGGGCGGCCGGGCAGACGCGCUCCUCACUUCCCAGAUGGGGUGGCCGGGCAGAGGCGCUCCUCACUUCCCAGACGGGGCGGCCGGGCAGAGGCGCUCCUCACUUCCAGGAUGAUGGGUGGCCGGGUAGAGGGGCUCCUCACUUCCCAGACGGGGAGGCCGGGCAGAGGCGCUCCUCAAUUCCCAGACGGGGCGGCCGGGCAGAGGCACUGCUGACUUCCCAGACGAUGGGUGGCCGGGCAGUGGCGCUCCUCACUUCCCAGACGGGGCGGCCGGGCAGAGGCACUCCUCACUUCUUCCCGGAUGGGGCGGCCCGGCAGAGGCACUCCUCACUUCCCAGAUGGGGCGGGCGGGCAGAGGCACUCCUCACUUCCCAGAUGGGGUGGCCGGGCAGAGGAGCUCCUCACUUCCCAGAUGGGGACACACUGGGAACAAAGGACAUCUGUAGCAAAGCCUUUCAACUCUAG